AUGGCAGCUCCAGAAAUGGUGGAGGUGGAGGUGGAGCCCAGUCUCAGAGGUCCUGAAAUAGUCACCAUGGGGGAGAACGACCCGCCGGCAGCUGAAGCCCCUUUCUCCUUCCGAUCACUUUUUGGCCUUGAUGAUUUGAAAAUAAGUCCUGUUGCACCAGAUGCAGACGCAGUGGCCGCCCAGAUCUUGUCCCUGCUGCCCUUGAAGUUUUUUCCAAUCAUCAUCAUUGGGAUCAUUGCACUGAUACUGGCGGUGGCCAUCGGGCUGGGCGUCCACUUCGACUGCUCUGGGAAGUACAGGUGUCAUUCGUCUUUUAAGUGCAUUGAACUGACAGCUCGAUGUGACGGGGUCUUGGACUGCAAGAACGGAGAGGAUGAGUACCGAUGUGUCCGGGUGAGUGGCCGGAGUGCAGCGCUCCAGGUGUUCACAGCUGCCUCUUGGAGGACUAUGUGCUCUGAUGACUGGAAAGACCACUAUGCGAAUGUCGCCUGUGCCCAGCUGGGGUUUCCCAGCUACGUGAGUUCAGGCAACCUCAGGGUGGACUCACUUGAGGCGCAGUUCCAGGCCUACUUUGUGUCCAUCAACCAUCUCUUACCCGAUGACAAGGUGACGACACUGCACCACUCCGUGUAUGUGAGGGAGGGAUGUGCCUCGGGUCAUGUGGUCACCUUGAAGUGCACAGAUUGUGGUCUGAGAGCAGGCUUCAGCCCACGCAUCGUUGGUGGGAACAUGUCCUCGCUCGCACAGUGGCCCUGGCAGGUCAGCCUUCAGUUCCAGGGGUACCACCUGUGUGGGGGCUCUAUCAUCACGCCCCUGUGGAUAGUCACUGCUGCACACUGCGUUUAUGACCUAUACCUCCCCAAGUCAUGGACCAUCCAAGUGGGUCUAGUUUCUUUGCUGGACAGCCCAGCCCCCUCCCAUUUGGUGGAAAAAAUCAUCUAUCACAGCAAGUACAAACCAAAGAGGUUGGGUGAUGACAUCGCCCUCAUGAAGCUGGAGGGGCCGCUCACCUUCGACGAGAUGAUCCAACCAGUCUGUCUGCCCAACUCUGAAGAGCACUUCCCAGAUGGAAAAGUCUGCUGGACAUCAGGAUGGGGGGCCACAGAGGAUGGAGGUGAUGCCUCCCCUGUCCUGAACCAUGCGGCUGUCCCUUUAAUUUCCAACAAGCUCUGCAACCACAGGGAUGUGUAUGGCGGCCUCAUCUCCCCAUCCAUGCUCUGUGCAGGCUACCUAAAGGGUGGCGUGGACAGUUGCCAGGGAGACAGCGGAGGGCCCCUGGUGUGUCAGGAGAGAAAGCUGUGGAAGCUGGUGGGCGCCACGAGCUUUGGCAUUGGCUGUGCUGAUGUGAAUAAGCCUGGGGUCUACACCCGCAUCACCGCCUUCCUGGACUGGAUUCAUGAGCAGAUGGAGAGAGACCUGAAGACUUGAAGAGUCGGGGACAAGCCACCACCUGAGCUCCUGAGGGCAGACACAGCCUGAUCCUUCCCUGGACUCCUGUGUGGGCACACCGGAUAUGACCUCCUGCCUUCUGUGUUCUGCCUGCCACACUGACAGCAGAGCCAAAGGGAGACACAGUGGCCUCACCUGGACCAACCUGUUCCUAAUGCCUCCAGCCAUAGGGCUUUGAGCUGAAAUGACCUUAAGGCUCCUUUCUGACCUUCACUUCCUCUCUUUGCUUGUCCACUCCUUUUUCUCUACAGGAGUCAUGCAGAAUAACUGACAAGCCUGGUCACAUGGGCAGGCACCUGGUGAAGGCCUGGUGGCCCAGAACUGCAGGUGUGCGAUCACCGGAGACUUACCCAUCUGCAUAUUUUAACCGCGGGCACCAGACCCAAUCCCAAACUUUCUACUCCAAGAUCUCUUUCCACAUGUGGGAAGCUUAAUCUGCGAAUGGGUUAGCUUGGGGCUUCAUUCCAUCGUUGUCUUGUAGCAGCUGGUGCUUGACGGAUCAUUGGCGAGAUGUUGCUCCAGACGACAGAGCCUGUUGGCUUGCUCUGUGGUCGCACUUGGGUGAAUGAACCCUCACGACUCACGUGAAUUGAAACUAA